AGGGAGAGAACAAGUAACUCAAGCUGAAGAAAGGGGGAGGUGCUGGACUCUACAGCCAAGAGACACUAAACGCCUCGAGUGAGCAGUCAAGACAGUAGUUACAGUAGUUUGGUGUGCUUUGGAGAAGAGUGAGGUGGAGUAAGGUUCUUCUCUCCUGCCGCGGGGCCUCAGGGGAGGCAGCGCCUGGCCAGCCGGUGGGGGCUGAGGCCCUAGCAUGGGACAAAAUGCUAGCGAUGAGACUGUGGCCCAGCAACCGGCCACACGCCAAGCUGAUGAUAAGGUCGACUUGCAACAGAGUACACCAGGGUCUGAAGAAGGAAAUUCUGGAGGAGGAGCACCCCCAGCAAAACGGAAAAGCAAAUUUUCCAUGGGAAAGUUCCUCAAGCCCUUUAGAUUUAAGAAGAAGAAGCCAAGUGAGAAGUUCUCCGAAACAUCUAAAGAAUUGGAAAGAAAGAUUUCUGUCAGAAAAUCUCGCAAUGAACUGAUUGCUCGGGGAGUUUUAAAAGAGAUCCCUGAAAAUGGGAGCAACAAUGAAAUCCACCUCAAAGAUCCACCAGUUAAAAAUGGGCAUCCUGUACAAACAGAUGCAGAUAGGGUGUCAGAAACAGGAAAUCAAAAGGCUGACAUCAAGGCAAAUCCCAUUAGGUAUCCUCAAGGAGAAGAUCGUCGCAUCAGAACACCAUCGGACUCUUCGCUCAACCGGGCGCCUCUAGAUGUGGACAGAUAUGCAAAAUUGCCAGUGGAUGUAGACAGACGAAGCCGCAUCCCCUUGGACUAUGACAGAAGAGGGUCUGACCCUCCACAAGAUGAUAGAUCCAUUAAUGACAAGAAGAGGGAUGGCCAAGACAUUCGGGAAAGGAGGGAUCGGGACGACAGGGAGAGGAGGGAUCGUGAUCGGGAUGAGCGGGAGCGCAGGGAUCGGGACGAGAGGGGGUGGAGGGACCGCGAUCGGGAUGAGAGGAGGGAACGGGAUGAGAGAGAGAGGAGGGAUCGUGAUCGCGACGAGAGGGAUCGUGAUCGGGACGAGAGGGAGCGCAGAGAUCGGGACGAAAGGGAGAGGAGGGAUCGGGACGAAAGGGAGAGGAGGGAUCGGGACGAAAGGGAGAGGAGGGAUCGGGACGAAAGGGAGAGGAGGAAUCGGGACGAGAGAGAGAGGAGAGAUCGUGAUCGGGACGAGAGGGAGCGCAGGGAUCGGGACGAGAAAGAGAGGAGGGAUCGGGACGAGAGGGAGAAGAGAGAUCGGAAUAGGGAAAGCAGGGAAAAGAGAGAUCGUGAUGAAAGAGAAUGGAGGGAUCGGGAGCAGAAUGAAAAGGAAAAGAGAGAGCUUGAUGACAGAGAAAGAAAAGACAACAAAGAUCGAUGGCUUGAGCGUGAAAGGAAGGAGAAUAGAGACGAUAGAAAAGAUAAUAAAGUAAGAGAAGAUGGGGAUAGGAAAUCUGCUCAGGUUGAGAGAGGUGAUACCAGGAACAAACAGGAAGACUGGAUUAAGGAACAGGGAGAUGAACGUGAGAAAAUGGACAGAAUCUUGCCUGAUGUCUCACGUUCAGUUCCUGACAUGGACUUACGACCUCCACUGCCGCGGAGCUCCUCAGAUGAUGACAAGAAAACUGUGUUGCCAUUGGACGUUGAACGAAGUUCCACACUACCCAGAUAUAAACCAACAGUUGAAUUCCGUGACCGCUCAGAGUCUGUCGGUGUCCGAUUGAUUCCUGACCAUUCCCUGGAGCAAGAUUCCCAAAAUCAACUACCCCUACCCAAGCGAGUUUUGGUUCCCCCUAAAUUCCCCACUGGUCAUCUUUCCAAGUCCACCAGUUUGACCCUGUCCUUCUCUUCCUCUUCCUCGUCUUCUACCUCCUCCAACUCUUCUAUUAAAGCUGCAAUUGCCAAGCCCCCAAGGACUGUCUCUCUUGUAAAUGACCCAUUUCAGCUGCCUCUUGCUGGUGCUCUUUCAGCAGACUUUGACGCACCUCCCCCUGUUCCACCCCACACAAAGCAGCUUCCUGUCCCUGCCCCUGCCCAUGUACAGCAGCCCCCUGUCCCUGCCCAUGUACAGCAGCCCCCUGUCCCUGCCCAUGUCCAGCAGCCCCCUGUCCCUGCCCCUGCCCAUGUCCAGCAGCCCCCUGUCCCUGCCCAUGUCCAGCAGCCCCCUGUCCCUCCCCAUGCCCAACAGCCCCCUGUCCCUCCUCAUGCUCAGCAGCCCCCUCUUGUUUCAAACCCCAAGCAACCUCCUGUGCCUCCACCUAAACCCACCAACCGCAACAGCAAUCCUCCAGCGCUUGCUUCCUCCCUGAACAGGGUGCCUCAGGUCAGGCAGCCGUGCCCCUGGAGGGGCUCGGGACUCGAGCAGAGCCGGGCCGGCCUCUACUCUCUGCCCAUAUACCUGCGCCACAGGGCCGACCGGACCCGCUCAGCUGAGUUCUCUCAGGCCAGCGGCGGCGUGACCCCCAGCAUUGCUUCCGCUAAGCGCUCCCCACCAGUCCCACCCAAAAGGACGACCCCCGUCAACAAGCACUACUCUGUAGACCCCACUCAGGUUCCAGAGCCGCCCUCUGUUAAUCCCGCAGGGCCCCCUGCCGUCCCUAAAGGUGGAAGCAAUGAGGAAAGGACGCCCAUGACUGUCCCCCAGAGGACGGCGGAGGCUGCGCUCCCGCUGCCCGCCCACAUACCCCCGUCUCCUCCCAGGGUGAAGGUGCUCCCUCCACCUCCCACCUCGUCUGCUGGGGCCGUUCCCGUCAUCCAGACGGACCUCCCCAGCCCCACCACGGAACUGCCCAGCCAGCCUCCGCCCGUCCCGCUGCACAUCCUCAUCAAGAGAGCUCUGAACAGCCCUGGCGCAACCCAGCCCAACCCUGAGGGAUCCCAGAGGGCCCACUCACUGCUCUUUGAUCUUCCCCCAGAGGACCCUGAAGAGUCCCUGCUGAACUCGCGUCACUCCCUCCCCAUCUUUAUCGAACCUCUCAGGCUGCCAGAGGAUGAUGACUUUGACAUGGAGGAAGAGCUGCAGAAGCUGAAAGCUGAACGGGUCCGCCAGCAGCCGGAGCUGGAACCCCGCAGCAGGAGGGGCCUGAUUGGAGACCCCAGGGUCACAGUAAUACCUGAACAGGGUGGCCACGAGGACGAGGAUGACUCAGACUCCGAUGGGCCCAUCCUCUACAAGGAGGACGAGGACGACGAAGAAGAAGGCCCUGCAAGUGGACUGGCGAGCCGCGUGAAGAGAAAAGACACCCUGGCUCUGAAGCUGGAGAGGCAGGAGAAGCAUGAGAGAGAACAGAGGGAAGCCCAGGAGAACCAGGAGGAGAUGAGCUGGAGCAACAGGGAGCAGUGGUUGGCUGUGAGGAACAAGAUCGGCACUGCGCUCACACGGCGGCUGAGUCAGAGACCUACAGCGGAAGAGCUGGAGCAGAGAAACAUUCUUCAAGCCAAGAACGAAACGGAUCGUCGGAUGGAGCGAUCUGAGAUCAAACGGAGGCUCACCAGAAAGCUGUCUCAGAGGCCCACGGUGGCUGAGCUGCAGGCCAGGAAGAUCCUGCGUUUCCACGAGUACGUGGAGUCCACCCAUGCUGAGGACUACGACCGGAGAGCCGACAAGCCCUGGACCAAACUCACUCCUGCUGACAAGGCCGCCAUCCGCAAGGAGCUCAACGAGUUCAAGAGCACAGAGAUGGAGGUCCAUGAAGAAAGCAGGAUCUACACCCGAUACCACCGGCCCUAGCUGCACACAUCAUCAUGUGAAGCUCUUAGGAAGAAGCAGCAGCAACUUGUCCCAUUUCCUCCUGUAACCUGAAGAUGGCGCCAACGCUGCCUGAAGAGUCUCAGGAUGUUGUUGGACUGUGGUGGAGUCUGCAGGAGACGUGGGCCCCGUGGGCCUGGUGGGUGUUGCAUCGGCUCGGUGACUGAACCAGAGGGGGUUCCUCAUCAUGAGCCGGUUCUGCCUUAACGCUCCUGAACACUGGUACCAGGCUGAGGCCAAACAAGAGAUUGCUUCAGAACCAGCCUCUGAUCGACUGUUUUUGUUAAUCACAAUCCCAUAUCGCUAGAUGAUUUUUGAUAAAAGCACCUUAUGCUUCCUAACGGGGUUGAUUGAAAACUUAACAGCCUUUAAUUCUGUGUUUAUAUUUGAUAUUUUUGAAAGCAGGAAAGUGUACAUAUUUUUCUCUUCCUGCCUGUUUUAUGGUACUUUAUAUAUGCUGCUCCAUCGCGGGAUGCAGGUGUAUGGAACGAUAAUGUAGAUUUAAUAAACUUCAUAUUGUAAACUACUGACAAGAAAUGCUGACAUGUUUUAAUUGUUUAGUAUUUCUCUGAUGUCAUUUCUGAGCAUUAAAGGUACAGAUCCUUUUUCUUUUUUUGAUACAGAGCCUGUAAACUGUGUCGUCUGCAAACACUGAAUAACUGAUCGAUUUGAUUAGAAAAUAAAAAAAAACAAUGAUUUA